CGCCCUGAGGCCUGUGUAAGGUAAAUAAACACCACCUGCUCCUGCUGGUGCUGGGUGGCCUGUGGGAUAUGCCUUUGGUUAUCAUAUCUGGAUUUCCCUCCAGUGGGAAGACAAGACGAACCUUGGAGAUAAAGAACUACUUUGAGAGUGAGAAAAGCAAGAAGGUGACAGUAGUGAGUGAAAAUGAACUGCUUGUGGGGAAGAAUGAAAUUUUUAGUGAUUCAAAGCAAGAGAAGGAGAUCCGAGGAACUCUGAAAGGAGAUGCUAUAAGGUUAUUGAAUAAGGACGACAUUGUGAUUCUGGAUGCAGGAAAUUACAUCAAAGGUUUCAGGUAUGAACUUUAUUGUGCAUCAAAGCAGAUUAAAACUACUCAGUGCUUAGUCCAGUGUGUAGCCCCCAUUGAGCAAGCAUGGACUUGGAACCAGAUGAGACCAGAAAAUGAACGAUAUACCCGAGAGGUAUUUGACGGACUUGUGAUGAGAUAUGAGACACCUAAUAGCAGUAAUAGAUGGGACUCUCCAAUGUUCACAGUCUUACCAGAAGAUGCUCCUCCAUGUGACCCCAUGCACGAUGCUUUAUAUUUAUGCAAGCCUCCUCCACCUAAUCAGUCUACGCAGACGCAGCCACUGUCUUCCACAAAUUUUCUCUUUGAACUAGAUCGUACCACACAGGAUGUAACAAGCUGUAUUAUGUCAGCCCAGAGAACUUUAGUACCUGGAGAUAGUAUUAAGGUUCCUGGGGUUGAAGAAUCAAUAUCUUUGGGGAGGAAGGUCACCUUGGCAGAAGUAACACGUGCUCGGAGGCAAUUUAUCUCCUACACAAAGAUGCACCCUGUAGAAGAUACUAGCAAGUUGAUGUCUUUGUUUAUUAGAUACCUCAACUCUACUUUAGGGUGAUUAACAGAUAGAGUAGUUAAGUUUCCUUUAUCAUGUACAGUAGCUAAAACAACUAUCUGUGCAGGUGGGGUUGAUAUGUUCCAAAAUUUUAUGUGUGACUAGUGACAGCCCUCAUACACCAAAAUUUAUCGUCCAUGUUCUCAUAUUGUUUCCCACAAAGUAUGCACAGGUAGUUAUUUUAGCUACUGUACAUGUGGUCAUUUGUCUAUGAAUACUUUACUAUACAAUGUACUGCAUAAAAAAUGUUUUGUGUGUAAUAGUUUUAAAGAAUAUUUUAGUAAAACCCAUUCAUAAUGCCUAACAAAGGUAUAUUAUUAUACCCUAAAUAUUACUUUCACAAAGUUCAUAAUUAUUGUCACCCAAACAUUGGUAAAUUCUUCAAAUACCAAGUGAGGCAAUCACUUGUUUUAUGAUAAGAAAAAUGAAUAUAGCUGAGAGUUGUUGAAGGGAAACCUGACAGCUAUAUGGAGAUAAGAGAGAAAGGAGGGAAAAUCUGACAAAUGUAUGGAGUAAAGAGAAGAGGAAUUGAGACAUAAUGUGUGUAUUAGAGCAAGAUAAGUGAAACAGGUAAAAUGGAAACAAAUGAGAAGAAUAUGUUGUCAUUUUACUUCAACUUAAACUUAACAGCAUUGAUAUAUAUGUACAGUACACAUAUUAAUUUUAACCCUCUAACGGACGCAGUAAGUUUAAGUCUCUGUGACCACGACAAAAAUCAUAAUAGGACCUGUCACCACCACACAUGCUGUUUGGGCAUCUUCAUUCUGUAACCAAUUUAUCCCACAAGUUUUUUUUUUUUGCAUGUGUGGGGGGAGGGAGGGAUAAUUUAUACAUAGAUGGCUUUGUUAUUGUUUUGGAUUUAACAUAAGCCACAAAAUAAAUAAGACCAAAGAAAAACAACAACUACAGUGUAUUUUCCACUCCAAAUAAAGACCUUUUACCCCCAA